AUGCGUACAAACUCCUUACCUAUAUGGUUGAGUGCGACUGGCGUCAUACUACACGCUGCAGGACUAGCGUCUCCUCAACGUCACGGUGUCGUUCAUUGGGUCAGACCAGCACGCCCACAAGUCGUGACAACGUCGAGCUCAUCAACAACUACCGAAUCAAGUGAAUCGACUUCAGGCGCCCUAGUCAACAACUUAGACCUCAAUAAGGACGCAGUGAACAACCAGGCAGUGGUCAAUCAAGUCGUCCAAAAUCAAGCUGCCACAACCACAGAACAAAGCUCCUCUACAAACACUGCGAGCACAUUGGGCACCACCAAAGAAUUGGCAUCAACAGAUGACACGAGCACAACAGAUGACACGAGCACGAAAAGCACGACAAACAACGGGGCUUCCUGCGGGACUGGUAAAGGUGGUCAGCAAAUAACAUGGCAAGGGCAGGUAGUCUCUCUUUACCGCGCUCCAGAUGGUUCAACAGAAACCAAAGGAUGUACCGACGUUACGGGUUACACAGGUCAGCUCCAUCUUGGGAGCAACGAUGGCAAAGCUACCAUAUUCGAAACCAAUCCUUCCAACUACUAUGAUGUCAGCAUGAUUCUUGGAUAUACAGUCCCCCUUACUUGUUGGCCUACCGGCAAUGAGGGAAUCAAAACUGGAUGCAAUCAAGAUCUCGGCUCUCCGAAAGCAAAUCCUACUGGGCCAGGCGGUACCCUUGAUCCUGGCCCAUAUACAUGCCCAGACUGCGUGCCGUGGUGUCACGCGUGCGAUAAAGCUCCACCUGGCUUCGAAAAGUGUGCAGGUGGUGCAUACACUUAUCCAUACGAUGACAAAGCGACGAUAGGACCUCAUAUCGAUGUGACAUGCUGUGUGGGAACAAAUUGCCCAGCCAACUCUCCUGCACAAGGGUCGACAGCAGGAGGAAACCCACAGACCGCUGCAAGCCGAGCUGAUGGUAAAGGUUGUGCGCACUGUCCAGCGGGGACAGCGAAAAGAAGUGCAAAGGAUGAAAUUCAAGAAGUUGUUGCUGCAAAUGACACCAAAACUACCCCACCAGUGCACAGGCACUGGAGUAGAGGACAUGGUAAAAGAUUCACAAACAACCCUUACUCGCCAGUUCUUGAGGGAUAA